UCAGUAGUGAUCGCGGAGCUGCUUGAAAAAGAUUGGAGACUGAAGGCGCUAAAAAGAGGCAAUAAUAAAAUCGUAAAAUCACUCGCGUAAAAUCUAUUUUUAUAUUUUCGCGCUCCGCAUCGGUUGGAAAAACGAAAAAACUUUUCACUUCAUUGAGAAACUUUAGUGACUUUUCGUAUCUUGAUUUGUUUGUUUCGGAAUUGGGAGGAAAAUUUCAUUCGAAAAAUUUUAUAGAAAGACAAAAGAGUUGGAUUUUUAAGCUUUUCUAAUGAUGGAGAUGGAAGUGGAAAUCGAGAAAAUUGAAAAGAUGAAAAUUACUCCAGAUAUGGAUUGUUGAAAGAAGUUUGAAGAAGACAUAAUUACUUGAACUACCUGAACUACUUGAAAAGCCUUAACAAAAUUCGUUAAUCUGUUGAAAAAUUGGAAGAAAACUCAAAAACUAAAUUAAAUUGCUGAUUGAAAGUGAAAAGAAAAAAUGCCGGUGUUAUCCACAAGACGUUAUAGCAGUAGCUAUUUGACACCUUCUUCUUCUUCGAUAUCAUCUUCAGUUGGAGGAUAUCGCUCCAGCUAUACAUCAUCAUUAUCAUCAUCAUCAAAAAGUUCAUCACUGUCGAAAGACUUACCCUCAAGUUCAUCAUAUAGCAGUGAUUUGGGAUAUCGCUCGUAUCGCACAAGCUCACUUUCAUCAAGUGGAACAACAGGUUCAUAUCGAUCACGUUAUGACAUUGAUGAUUUAGACAAGAGAAGCUCAUCAUUAUCAUCAUCAAAUGGUAGCAGUGCCUUAUCAACAAGAAUUGGCGUAAGUAAGCCGAUUAGUGGUAGUAGCUCAUAUCAUUCAAGUAGAUUACCGCCACUGCCUCCAUCAUCAUCCUCAACCCUCACCAAACAUCAAAACAUAUCUCAGAAUUACGGCACCUCACAACGAUCACUAUCACGUGACAAUACAGAUUUGGGUGACACAAAAAGAAAUGGAACGACAAAAAAUAGUAAAAUAAACAAUGAAUUUUCCUCGUCAAUUCUGAGUGAUUUGGAUUUUUAUGAAAAGUAUAGUCCUAGUCGUUACAUGACAAAGUUUGAAUUGUCAAGGUCCAAAUCACUUUUAGAAGCAAGCCCCACAUCCAAUUCAAAUGACACAUCAACGUCUUCAUCAAACAGUUCAUUAACUGAUACUUCAACACACACUCCACAGCGAGAGAUUCGGAGUGUGGCCUUGAGAAAUACUUUGCCGUCGACAACAUCAACAAAAACGUGGGAUCGCGAUUAUUCUUCGAGUUACUAUCGAACUCCGUUAAGUGAUUCAAAAAGAGACAAAAAUGAAACACGAAAUAAUUUGAGUGGAUCGAGCUAUGCAGCAGGCGGUUAUCGUGCGUCAAAUAUUUCACCAACAAAAUCACCAUCACGUGAUUCUAUUUAUGAUCGUAAAACAUCAGCACUUGUUGAAGGGCAAUGUGGUUUAUGGAAUAUUGGCAACACGUGCUUUAUGAAUUCCGUUUUGCAAUGUUUGAAUCAUACAAACGAUUUAUCAAAAUAUGCACGCUCACCAUCUGCGCUUACUACUUCAACGAACAAAGGCUCCACUUCAUUAACGAAAGAUCUGCAAAUAUGGAAUGAGUUUUGCAGUUUAAUCCAACAAAUGUGGCAACCUGGUGCUAAAAGCAUCAAUCCUUCAGAAUUAAAAAUGGCUUUAAGUAGCAAGUAUCGAAUGUACAGUGGAUCAGCACAACAAGACGCUCAAGAAUUUUUACGUUACAUUCUCGAUGCUCUACAUGGUGCAUUAAAUUUAGGAGGGAAAAAAGUUUCACUUCAUGUCGAUGAUACAAUGAGAAAGCAAAUGUCAUGUGGGAUUGGUAUACAAACCGAGAGAACUCAGUCAUUAAGGAUCUUUUUGUUGGCCAACUUAAAAGUUCUCUUUACUUUUUGCAAAGCGAAUAGAAAAUGCAUAAAAGGAUUUACAAUUCAGCGGUUUCCAAAAUAUUUAGUGAUACAUUUGAAAAGAUUUUCUGAAAUGCGCUGGACAAAAUUGACAAAUAUUGUUGAAUUCCCGAUUGCUAAACUUGACUUGACGCCUUACGCUUCUGAAUCAAUGGAGAAAAGUGAUCCUCCACCUGUUUACACACUGUAUGGUAUCUCGAAUCAUAUGGGAUCCACUCACGGAGGUCACUAUGUCGCAUCUUGCAAACAUCCAGUGAACAAGAAAUGGUUCGAAUAUAAUGAUAACUUUGUUAGCGAAAUAACUGAAAGCUCGUUGGUAACUUCUAGUGCCUACCUUCUGUUUUAUGAACGAUUGUAGAUAAUCCAAAACUAUAAUUAUUGAGCGAACAUAACAUCGCCUCCUACUUAUAUAACUCAUACCAAAAACAGCAAAAGAAUCACUUACCUACCUAAAAAUUUUCAGAGUGCAUAAAUAAUUUCUAUGAAUUAAUCUGACGACUUCAUUCAAUACUACCUACAACUGUUUUUGUUUGAUUUUGAGAUUAAAUCGUGUUUAUUUAUUUUUAUUUAUUAUUAAUUUAAUCUCAAGAAGUCGUAGCUAGUGAGAAAUGCUAUUCUUCUCUUUCUUUCUUUUUAAUGAAAGUGCAAAAGAAAUUGAACAAAUAAAAAAAUUAUUAUGAAUUGAUUGAAUUAUCAAAAUUUUAGGAAAAAGGAAACAUUUUAUUUCAUUUUUUUAAUAAUGUUUAUUUCAAAAACGUUUUUUUAAAAGUGUUUUCUAAUAUUAUGUUUUCAUUUAUAUCCAAAGGUGAUGCAAACUAUUCGAAGAAUAUUACAUUGAAAUAUUAUUUUUGAUUUUUUUGUUGUUGUUCAUGUUUGCAAAGCAUCGUUAAUUUGUUUUUAUUUUAUGUUUCGUAACUUUUGUCUUUUGUGGAGUACGAAUAAAAGUUAUAUUUAUGAAGUUUUUUAUUCGCGCAUUACAAAAAUACUUUUAAUUUUUGAUUUACUUAGGUUGAUUGC